AUGGAGUUCAGCGGGGCCUCUCCUCCUCCUCUGCGCCCUUUCCCUUGGCCGGAGGGAGGCUUUGGCUUCUGCGCGUCUGCAGGGGAGAGAUCCCCAGUGUCCUUUCAGGAGGUAGCCGUGUUCUUCACGGAGGAGGAAUGGGCUCUGCUGGAUCCAGGCCAAAGAAAACUCUACUGGGAAGUGAUGGAGGAAAAUUACAAUAAUGUAGCCUCUCUUGUUGCAGAUAGAAGAGAGAUGGCAAGUGAGAUGGAACCAGGAAGGGUGAUUAUAGAAAGAGAGGAAGAUCUACAUGUGGACGAGAAAUCUGGAGAUCAACUGGUACCAAAGAGACAAUGCCGAGGGAAAAUGGAAGCAAAGCAGAAGCAGAGGAAAGAAUUGGUUGCCUGUCAGAGCAGGAAGAUGCAGGAGGCCCCAAUCCAAGAUGAACGGCUGACGAGAAAGAGAAGGCAGAAGAGACUUAUCAUAGCGGAAAGGUCCACCAGCAAAUACAAUCUGAAAAAAUAUAAAAAAUAUGCAACCUGCCAGAAAAGAUUUAAAUGUUUUGAGCAUGGACAGAGCUUCCACUGGAGUAGUGAACUAACUGCACAUCAGAAGGCUCUCACAGGGGAGAAGCCAUAUAAAUGCUUCGAGUGUGGAAAGAGCUUUUCUCGCAAUGGCAACCUAAACGAACAUCAAAGGAUUCACACAGGGGAGAAGCCAUAUAAAUGCUUGGAGUGUGGAAAGAGAUUUUCUCGGAAUGGCCACCUAACUGAGCAUCAGAAGAUUCAUACUGGGGAGAAGUGGCAUAAAUGCUUGGAGUGUGGAAAGAGCUUUUCUCAGAAUGGCAGCCUAACUGCACAUCAAAGGAUUCACACAGGCGAGAAGCCAUAUAAAUGCUUGGAAUGUGGAAAGAGCUUCUUUGAGACUGGUGCCCUAACUAAACAUCAAAGGAUUCAUACAGGGGAGAAGCGGCAUAAAUGCUUGGAGUGUGGAAAGAGCUUUUCUCGGAAUGACAGUCUAACUGCACAUCAAAGGAUUCAUACAGGGGAGAAGCCAUAUAAAUGCUUGGAGUGUGGAAAGAGCUUUUCUCGGAAUGGCGGCCUAACUGUACAUCAAAGGAUUCACACAGGCGAGAAACCAUAUAAAUGCUUGGAGUGUGGAAACAGCUUCUUUCAGACUGGUGCCCUAACUGUACAUCAAAGGAUUCACACAGGCGAGAAGCCAUAUAAAUGCUUGGAGUGUGGAAAGAGCUUUUCUCGGAAUGGCAACCUAACUGUACAUCAAAGGAUUCACACAGGCGAGAAGCCAUAUAAAUGCUUGGAGUGUGGAAAGAGCUUCUUUGAGACUGGUGCCCUAACUAAACAUCAAAGGAUUCACACAGGCGAGAAGCCAUAUAAAUGCUUGGAAUGUGGAAAGAGCUUCUUUCAGACUGGUGCUCUAACUAAACAUCAAAGGAUUCAUACAGGGGAGAAGCGGCAUAAAUGCUUGGAGUGUGGAAAGAGCUUUUCUCGGAAUGAUAGUCUAACUGCACAUCAAAGGAUUCACACAGGGGAGAAGCCAUAUAAAUGCUUGGAGUGUGGAAAGAGCUUUUCUCGGAAUGGCAGCCUAACUGUACAUCAAAGGAUUCACACAGACGAGAAGCCAUAUAAAUGCUUGGGAGUGUGGAAACAGCUUCUUUGAGACUGGUGCCCUAACUAAACAUCAAAGGAUUCAUACAGGGUAGAAGCGGCAUAAAUGCUUGGAGUUUGGAAAGAGGUUUUCUCAAAAUGCCCACCUAACCGCAUCAAAGGAUUCACACAGGGGAAGAAAAAGGGAGUACCAAAUACAUCGAAUGAAGCUAAUAUUUCACUGAUCCCAAAAGAGGCGCAGGAUUUGACAGAUGUUAAAAAUUAUAGACCUAUAUCUUUGUUAAAUAAUGAUUAUAAGAUUUUUGCUAGAGUUCUGGUGGAAAGAUUGAAGAUAUUUUUGAUGGAUUUUAUUGGAAAAGAACAAGCCAGGUUUUUACCCAAUAGACAAAUAAGGGAUAAUCUGAGAGCUGUUAUGGAUACUAUAGAACAGUGAUGGCGAACCUUUUUGAGCCCAAGUGUCCAAACUGCAACACAAAACCAACUUAUUUAUUUCAAAGUGCCAACCAUUGCAAUUAAACCUGAAUACUGAGGUUUUAGUUUAGAAAAAACAACUCAUACUGUUGUCCAAACUAAUUAACAUCUCUCUCUUUCUCUCUCUGUCUCUCUUACUCACAGCCACAAACAAAAAUAGAGCAAGUUAAAUGAAAGCUGCUUACCUUUCUUUCCACCAGCAGUGACUUGCAAGCAUUCUCUCUCUCACUCAACUCUGGAGACACGAAUGGAAGUAAAGCAAGUUAAAUGAAAGCUGCUUGCCUUUCUUUGCACCAGCAGUGUCUUGCAAGCACUCUCUCUCUUACUCACUUAGGAGACACGAAUGGAAGUAAAGCAAGUUAAAUGAAAGCUGCUUGCCUUUCUUUGCACCAGCAGCGUCUUGCAAGCACUCUCUCUCUUACUCACUUAGGAGACACGAAUGGAAGUAAAGCAAGUUAAAUGAAAGCUCCUUGCCUUUCUUUGCACCAGCAGCGUCUAGCAAGCACUCUCUCUCUUACUCAUUUAGGUGACACGAAUGGAAGUAAAGCAAGUUAAAUAAAAGCUGCUUGCCUUUCUUUGCACCAGCAGCGUCUUGCAAGCACUCUCUCUCUUACUCACUUAGGAGACACGAUGCAAGUAAAGCAAGUUAAAUGAAAGCUGCUUGCCUUUCUUUCCACCAGCAGCGUCUUGCAAGCACUCUCUCUCUUACUCACUUAGGAGACACGAUGCAAGUAAGGCAAGUUAAAUGAAAGCUGCUUGCCCUCCUUUAGAAAGCCAGGCCCAGCCCCAGAGCUGCAGCCUCUGCUUUCUGCUGCUAAAGAGACUGGCAGCAGGGGGAGUCAGCAUCGAGGAAAAGGAAUCGCGUGGGCAGGGCCAAAACCCACGAGAUCACUUUUCAAUGCUAGGGGAACUCCAUUGCAGCAUGUUCCCGCUCCAAAUGAGCCCUGGACUUGGUGAUCCGGCAACAUGGUUCGCGUGCCCACAGAGGGCACGCGUGCCGUAGGUUCACCAUCACUGCUAUAGAAUAUUAUGACAAACAUCCUGAAAGAGAGGUAAGCUUUUUGUUUGCCGAUGCAGAGAAAGCUUUUGACAAUUUGAACUGGGACUUUAUGUUUUUAAUAAUGGAAAAGAUGAGUUUGGGGCAAGAAUUCACAGAAGCUUAUAAAGGCAAUUUAUCAAGACCAACAGUCGACAUUGUGUAUAAUGAUUUGACAGAAAAAUUUGAGGUAAGAAAAGGAACAUAUCAAGGAUAUCCACUUUCACCUUUGUUGUUUGUUAUGGUUCUAGAAAUAUUAAGACAGAUAAGAGAAGAUCAAAGUAUCAACGGUAUAAGACUUAAAGGAUUCUCUUAUAAAUUCAGAGCAUUUGCAGAUGACGUGAUGUUUAUUACUGAAGAUCCGGUUUAGACAUUACCGUUAUUACUGAACAAGAUCAAGGAAUUUGGAGAUCUGGCAGGUUUUUAUAUCAACAAAUGAAAAUCUAAAUUGCUCUGUAAAAUAUGAUGAAAGUGAAACAGGUUGAACUAAUGAAUUUAACAGUGUGAAAAGUGGUCCAAAAAACAAAAUACCUGGGAAUAGAAUUGACAAUGAAAAAUAUAGAUUUAUACAAGAAUAAUUAUGAAAACUUAUGGAAACGGAAAAAGAUUUGAUAAAAUGGAGCAAAUUGAAUCUGUCACUGUUGGGUCGUAUAUCAGUGGUGAAAAUGAAUGUAUUGCCAAGAGUGAUGUUUUUAUUACAAACAAUCCCAAUUGUAAAAGAGAAAAAGGAAUUUGUCAAGUGGCAAAGAAAACUAUUAAAUUUUGUGUGGGCGGGGAAAAAGCCAAGAGUUAAGAUGAAAGUGUUGUGUUAUGCAAAAGAAAGAGGGGGUUACAAUUACCAAACUUGAGACUAUAUCAUGAAGUGAUAUGUUUGACAUGGUUAAGAGACUGGGUAAACCUAUCCAAUCAUAAAUUGUUAACUUUGGAGGGCCAUAAUAAUCUUUUCGGGUGGCAUGCCUAUUUAUGGUAUGAUAACUAUAAAAUGGAUGGUAUGUUUCAACACCACUUUGUAUGGAGAAAUGUUUUUUCGGUUUGGCAAAAAUAUAAAAAAUAUGUAGAAGAUAAAAGACCAUUAUGGAUUGUUCCAGCAAAGGUGAUAAAACCACAUACAGAAUAUCAAGGUGAAGAUUGGAUAACGUAUAAGGACUUACUGUUGAUAGAAGGAGAUAUAGUUAAAAUGAAGACAGGAGAAAAUUUACCUUUUAAAUAUGGAUGGUGACAAUAUCGACAAAUUAAAGACUUAGUUGAAUCAGAUAAAAGGAAAGAUGGUUUUAGAACUAGAAAUUCAGAACUAGAAGAACUUCUGGUCGGAGAUGAAAUAAAGAUAAUUUCUAAACUGUACAAAUUGUUAUUGAAAUGGUAUACAGAAGAUGAAGUGAUUAAGACUCAAAUGGUGAAGUGGGCUUUAAAUUUUAACAAAGAGGUUACAAUGGAGGCAAUGGAUUACAAUGGGAAUACUUGUGGGAAAAUGCCAUGAAAAUAUCUACAUGUGUUAACUUAAAAGAAAAUGGAAUUAAUAUCAUGUACAGAUGGUAUUUAACACCGAAAAAACUAGCAAAUAUGAGCAAUGCUAUGUCAAACAAAUGUUGGAAAUGUAAACAAUUUGAAGGCCCUUUUUACCAUAUGUGGUGGACUUGUGAUAAGGCAAAGCAAUUUUGGUCUAAGAUGUACAUAGUGUCAGGUCCAGAAUGCUUUCUUGUAUGCCC